GAAGCCUGAGGCGCGGUUACUUUAAGUGCAUACGACACACUGCAGUUUCGUGUGUCUAAUAAUUGGACUGUCAUAAUUUUACGACUGGCCCUCUCUAGUUACUAUUGAUUACUUUUAUUUUCAGACAAGUACCAGGCCACUCUAUGUUCAAAUUAUCAUCAGUAUUCAAAGGCUUGAUUAGAGUUGUGUAGUAUCUAUCAGAUUCAAUACAAUACCCUUACUGAUGGAUGACAUUAUUCCUGACUUAGUACGUGAUACGAAUUUAGGUUCACCCACUUUGGACAAAGUCCCUGUGACGAUUCUGUCAGGAUACCUUGGUGCUGGAAAAACUACUCUUUUGAAUUAUAUUCUAACCUAUGCUCAUAACAAAAAGAUUGCUGUUCUUUUAAAUGAUUUUGGAGAAGGUUCAGCUGUAGAGUCUAGUAUUGCAUGGAGUGAAAAAGAUGGCAACCUCUUUGAAGAAUGGAUAGAAUUGCGUAACGGUUGUUUAUGCUGUUCUUUAAAAGAUGCAAGUGUGCGAGCCAUUGAAAAUUUAAUGAAGCGGAAGGGAAAAUUUGAUUAUAUUCUAAUUGAGACAUCUGGACUUGCUGACCCAGGUCCUGUUGCAUCACUCUUCUGGUUAGACGAAGAUUUAUGUAGUCAAAUUUGCCUUGAUGGAAUCGUAACAGUUUUGGAUUCCAAACACUGUUUGUCAUAUCUUAUGAAGUCUACUUGGGAUGAGAUGAGCGAAUAUGAAAGGUUCUUAAAUAUAUUUGACACUUAUUUUUAUUUCAGACAGGUACUUUUGGCUGAUGUACUCAUUGUCAACAAAACUGACUUGAUUUCUGAUUCAGAAAAAUCGGAAUUGGUUCAGCGUAUUAGAGAUAUCAAUAAUUCUGCUAGGCUCAUUGAAACUAAUUAUUGCAAGGUGAAUUUAGAAGACAUUCUCGAUCUUCAGAUGUAUUCUAACAGUCCUAAACUGGAAGCUUUUGUUCCGUCUUCCAAAUCGGUAUCAAUUCAUUUGAAUAGACGAAUAUCAACGCUGACCUUUGAGUUUUCUCGUCCAUUCAGUCGUAAAUUGUUUGAAAAUGUUAUAGAGUCAAUGCUUUGGGAGCACAGUGUUCACGAUGAGAGCGGAAAUCCAAUGAAUGUUCUACGCUUAAAGGGAUUUAUUCGCUUCAUAGAUGAUGAUUGUACUUACAGUCUACAGGGAUUGAACGAAAUUUAUGAUCUUUCCCAAAUACCUAAUGAACGAGCUGAAUUGCUUAACCUAAACGGAACAAGGUUAAUAUUUAUUGGUCAUAAUCUAUGUUCAUCAAUUUUGAAAGAAUUGCUCAUUAAUUGUACAGUAUGAAAGACAUUUUUAUAAGAUUGAUUAUAUGUAACUUACAUUCUUCUUGUACAUACAUUUUUACACUUAUUUUUGUUUAUUUCUAGUUUACGAUUGUUACUUUGUUACAAAAAAACUUGUAAUAUAUUUCUGUAACUCUUAAUUGUUUCAAACUGAGCAAAAUUCAGAUUUAAGACAUUGCACCUAGAAUAAUAGAAAUCCUUAAUAGAGUCACGUGUGGUUGAUUUGUUGCAGCUAAAGUAGUCGAACCUUUACAUAUUUAACUAAUAUACACCAUUUAUCAGCAGUCAAUCGUUAACGUUUUCAUAGUCAUCACAUAUAGUUGUACAUUUUCAAUAAUAAUAU